UCCCCCACCCUUCGGCUGUACAGUCGGUAACGGACUUCUCUUGCCGGAUUUGUUGAUCUCCGCAGCCUCACCGUUCUAACUUGUUUCUGUUUAAUUUCUGGUUUAUCGAUCUAAGGGUCUCUUGUUUCCAGGUAAACAUGCCACCCAAAAAGGGUAAACUUUAUAAAAUGCCAGCCCCAAUUCCUAAAAACGAAGUUUUGACGGACACCUCGAAGCAAAAAUGGACUUUAGGGCCUUCUAUCGGAAAGGGAGGCUUUGGAGAAAUCUAUGCCGCUGCAGAAGGAGAAACAGCACCACGCAAGGAAUCAGACUACCCUUAUGUUGUCAAAAUUGAGCCACAUGAAAAUGGACCACUAUUUGUUGAAAAAACAUUUUACUUGCGAGUGGCAAAGAAAGAAGAUGUUUCAUCAUGGAAAGAGAAGAAGAAGUUGAAAGUCUUCGGAAUGCCAGUGGCGUGUGGGGUUGGUUCUCACACUUGUGGUGACACAAAGUACAGGUUUCUGGUCAUGGACAGAUAUGGUAAAGAUCUGUGGUCACUGUUCCUGUCCUGCAACAAAAUGUUCCCGAUUUCAACAGUUUUACAGAUUUCUAUUCAAGUUCUUGAUGUCUUAGAAUACAUUCAUAGCAAUGGCUAUGUACAUGCUGACAUAAAAGGUGCUAAUCUUCUUUUGGGACUGAGGAAGGGAACUGAGAAUCAAGUGUAUGUAGUAGAUUUUGGUUUGGCAUCACGCUUCUCCAGCUCUAAGGAUCCCAAGAAGGCACACAAUGGCACUAUAGAGUACACAAGUCGAGAUGCCCAUGUUGGAGGUACCACAUGUAGAGGUGACAUGGAAAUUUUAGCAUACAAUGUUGUGCAUUGGUUGUCUUCCAAACUUCCGUGGGAGGCUGUUCUUAAAGACCCCUCUGCAGUUCAGAAAGCCAAGGAAACUGCCAUGCAAAAUGUGCCUCAGUUUUUAAAGACUUGUUUUGGAAAGAAACCAGUUCCAGAUUUUGUUUCUAAAUUUUUAAAAUAUGUGUCAGAAAUGAAAUAUGAAGAAUUGCCUGAUUAUACCAAAGUACGGAAAAUAUUUAUGGAUGGGUUGAAAAGUGAAGGAGUGAAGUUGGAUUCUCCUCUCUCAUUUACUAAGCCACUGGAACAGCAGAAUGGGGAAUCCAAGAAAAUUCGAACAUCUCCCCGCAAAACUGUCAAAAGAGGAAGUGAAAAUGGAUCAUCAUCUAGAUCCAAGCCUGAUUCUUCUGAUAGGGAGAUGGACACAAAUUCUGAAGAAGAGGAUGAGGAGGGGGAAAACAAAAUGAAGAAACGAAAAGUUGCCUCAAAAGCAAAGCCAAAACCUACCCAAGAAAAAAAAGUGAGCUGGAGAGACUGCCCCACUGUUAAAGCCUCUAGAGUUGAGAGACCUGGUGAGUUUGUUCCUGCUAACCCAAAGCCGAAGAAGGCUAAAUAAUUCUGUCCUUUCUUUAUACUAUAACUAUUUAUUUAAUGAGGUAUUUCUGCAAGGCUGUUGAUCUCAAUGAGCAUUUAUUUGUUUUAACCUGAUAAACCAUCAUUACUUUUUUAGUAA